AUGCUGGGGGAUGCAAAUGGGGCAAUGUCUACAAUACCUGGGUUUAAUCAGAUCCAAUUUGAAGGAUUUUGUAGGUUCAUUGAUCAGGGUUUGGCAGAAGAAUUUUAUAAGUUUCCAAAAAUUGAAGAUACAGAUCAUGAAAUCGAAUUUCAAUUAUUUGUAGAAAGAUAUCAAUUAGUAGAACCGUUGAUAAAGGAAAGAAAUGCUGUGUAUGAAUCCCUCACAUAUUCUUCUGAAUUAUAUGUAUCCGCCGGAUUAAUUUGGAAAACCAGCAGGGAUAUGCAAGAACAAACUAUUUUGAUUGGAAACAUUCCUCUAAUGAAUUCCAUAGGAACUUUUAUAGUAAAUGGAAUAUAUAGAAUUGUGAUCAAUCAAAUACUGCAAAGCCCCGGUAUUUAUUACCGGUCAGAAUUGGAUCAUAACGGAAUUUCCGUCUAUACUGGCACCAUAAUAUCAGAUUGGGGAGGAAGAUCAGAAUUCGAGAUUGAUAGAAAAGCAAGGAUAUGGGCUCGCGUGAGCAGAAAACAAAAAAUCUCUAUUCUAGUUCUAUCAUCAGCUAUGGGUUCGAAUCUAAGAGAAAUUCUAGACAAUGCUUAUUAUCCUGAAAUUUUUUUGUCUUUUCUGAAUGCUAGGGAGAGAAAAAAAAUAGGAUCAAAAGAAAAUGCCAUUUUAGAGUUUUAUCAACAAUUUGCUUGCGUAGGCGGGGACCCGAUAUUUUCGGAAUCCUUAUCUAAGGAAUUACAAAAGAAGUUCUUUCAACAAAGAUGUGAAUUAGGAAGGAUUGGUCGACGAAAUAUGAACCGAAGACUGAACCUUGAUAUACCCCAGAACAAUACAUUUUUGUUACCACGAGACAUAUUGGCAGCCGCUGAUCAUUUGAUUGGACUGAAAUUUGGAAUGGGUACACUUGACGAUAUGAAUCAUUUGAAAAAUAAGCGCAUUCGUUCUGUAGCGGAUCUUUUACAAGAUCAAUUCGGAUUGGCUCUGGUUCGUUUAGAAAAUCUGGUUCGAGGAACUAUAUGUGGGGCAAUUCGGCAUAAAUUGAUACCGAUUCCGCAGAAUUUGGUAACUUCAACUCCAUUAACAACCACUUAUGAAUCUUUUUUUGGUUUACACCCCUUAUCUCAAGUUUUAGAUCGAACUAAUCCGUUGACACAAAUAGUUCAUGGGAGAAAGUUGAGUUAUUUAGGUCCUGGCGGACUAACAGGACGAACUGCUAAUUUUCAGAUACGAGAUAUUCAUCCUAGUCACUAUGGUCGUAUUUGCCCAAUUGACACAUCUGAGGGAACCAAUGUUGGACUUAUUGGGUCCUUAGCAAUUCAUGCGAGGGUGGGUCCUUGGGGAUCUUUAGAAAGCCCGUUUUAUGAAGUUUCGGAGAGAUCAACAGGGUUACGAAUGCUUUAUUUAUCUCCGGGUGGAGAUGAAUACUAUAUCUUAGCGGCGGGAAAUUCGUUGGCCUUGAAUCAGGCUAUUCAGGAAGAACAGGUUGUUCCAGCUAGAUACCGUCAAGAAUUCUUAACUAUUGCAUGGGAACGGGUUCAUCUUCGAAGUAUUUUUCCCUUCCAAUAUUUUUCUAUUGGAGCUUCCCUCAUUCCUUUUAUUGAACAUAAUGAUGCGAAUAGGGCUUUAAUGAGUUCGAAUAUGCAACGGCAGGCAGUUCCGCUUGCUCGGUCCGAGAAAUGCAUUGUUGGAACUGGGUUGGAACGACAAACAGCUCUAGAUUCAGGGGCUCUUGCUAUAGCCGAACGUGCGGGAAAGAUUAUUUCGAUAGAUACUGACAAGAUCCUUUUCUCGGGCAAUGGAGAUACUCUAAGCGUUCCAUUACUUAUGUAUCAACGUUCCAACAAAAAUACUUGUAUGCAUCAAAAACCCCAGGUUCAGCGGGGUAAAUGCAUUAAAAGGGGACAAAUUUUAGCAGAUGGUGCUGCUACAGUUGGUGGCGAACUUUCUUUGGGGAAAAACGUAUUAGUAGCUUAUAUGCCAUGGGAGGGUUACAAUUUUGAAGAUGCAGUACUUAUUAGUGAGCGUUUGGUAUAUGAAGAUAUUUAUACUUCUUUUCACAUACGGAAAUAUGAGAUUCAGACUCAUGUGACAAGCCAAGGUCCUGAAAGGAUCACUAACGAAAUACCACAUUUAGAAGCCCAUUUACUUCGCAAUUUGGACAAAAAUGGAAUUGUGGUCUUGGGAUCUUGGGUAGAGACGGGUGACAUUUUAGUAGGGAAAUUAACGCCCCAAAUCGUGAAAGAAUCAUCGUAUGCUCCCGAAGAUAGAUUGUUACGAGCCAUACUCGGCAUUCAGGUAUCCACUUCAAAAGAAACUUGUCUAAAACUCCCUAUAGGUGGUAGGGGCCGGGUUAUUGAUGUGAGGUGGAUCCAGAAAAGGAGAGGUUCUAGUUAUAAUCUCGAAACGAUUCGUGUAUAUAUUUCACAGAAACGUGAAAUUAAAGUAGGCGAUAAAGUAGCUGGAAGACACGGAAAUAAAGGGAUCGUUUCCAAAAUUUUGCCUAGACAAGAUAUGCCUUAUCUGCAAGAUGGAAGACCCGUUGAUAUGGUCUUCAACCCAUUAGGAGUACCUUCACGAAUGAAUGUGGGACAGAUAUUUGAAUGUUCGCUGGGGUUAGCAGGGAGUUUGCUAGACAGACAUUAUCGAAUAGUUCCUUUUGAUGAGAGAUAUGAACAAGAAGCUUCCAGAAAACUAGUAUUUUCUGAAUUAUAUGAAGCCAGUCAGCAAACAGCGAAUCCGUGGGUAUUUGAACCCGAGUAUCCAGGAAAAAGCAAAAUAUUUGAUGGAAGGACGGGAAACCCUUUUGAACAACCCGUUCUAAUAGGAAAGCCUUAUAUCUUGAAGUUAAUUCAUCAAGUUGAUGAUAAAAUCCACGGACGUUCCAGUGGACAUUAUGCGCUUGUUACACAACAACCCCUUAGGGGAAGGGCAAAACAAGGGGGACAACGAGUAGGAGAAAUGGAGGUUUGGGCUCUAGAAGGAUUUGGUGUUGCUCACAUUUUACAAGAGAUGCUUACUUAUAAAGCGGAUCAUAUUAGAGCGCGCCAAGAAGCACUUGGUACUACAAUCAUUGGAGGGACAAUACCUAAUCCUGAAGAUGCUCCAGAAUCGUUUCGAUUGCUCGUUCGAGAACUACGAUCUUUAGCUCUGGAAUUGAAUCAUUUCCUUGUAUCUGAGAAAAACUUCCAGAUUAAUAGGAAGGAAGUUUAA